UCCCACUGAGUGUGGUGCCCAGAGCACUGGAGCUCUUCAGGGAUGAUGGAUCAUCAGUCCACGUGGCCACUUUCCUUACCUAGAUGUACUUGCUCUACAGUCCUGUCUCCUCUGGGUGCUUUGUGAAGCUGCUUAUUGUGAGCACUCAGCCCAGUUGUCCUGGGCACUCAGGCCUUUUUUAUUUUACUUUUUUUUUUUUUUUUUUGGUGCUGGUUUUCUAGCAGCAAAAUCUUCUUUUCUCACGUGUGUUUGUCCCUGAUUCCUUUAUUUAUCCGUGCCCUUGUCUAUGAAAGCCUCCACCCGAGCCUGUUUCCUCUCCUGGCACCCACGAGGGUGACCCUCUGGUUCAGCCGGGGGGUGCCGGACACCCGAGUCCAUGCGGCUCUCUCUUCUCUCCAUGCCCUUGCCCAGAUGAUGGUGGUGACUCCCAGCGUGAUCUCGCUGCAGGCUUGGACUCCAAGGAAUACUGCCUGUCGGACCGGGACAUUGUGGAGGUGCCGGCCUGUGCAGAAGGCAGAGCUGACCAGGCUGGCCAACACCCUGCUGCACGUGCCCAACCUGCACUGGAUCCUGGUGGAGGAUUCCCAGCGCCGCACGCCGCUCAUCACCCGCCUGCUGCGGGACACGGGGCUCAACUACACGCACCUCAACGUGGAGACACCCCGCAACUACAAACUGCGUGGGGACAUCAGGGACCCCCGCAUCCCCCGCGGCACCAUGCAGAGGAACCUGGCCCUCAGGUGGCUGAGAGAGACCUUUAACAAAAACAACAGCCAGCCCGGGAUUGUUUACUUUGCUGAUGAUGAUAACACCUACAGCCUGGAGCUCUUCGAGGAGAUGCGCAGCACCAGGAAGGUGUCGGUGUGGCCCGUGGCCUUCGUGGGCGGCCUGCGCUACGAGUCGCCCAAGGUGAACGCGGCGGGGAAGGUGUACGGCUGGAAAACCGUGUUCGACCCGCACCGGCCCUUCGCCAUCGACAUGGCCGGCUUCGCCGUCAACCUGCGCCUCAUCCUGCAGCGCUCCCAGGCCUACUUCAAACUGCGCGGGGUCAAGGGCGGCUACCAGGAGAGCAGCCUGCUCCGAGAGCUGGUCACCCUCGGCGACCUCGAGCCCAAGGCUGCCAAUUGCACUAAGAUUUUAGUCUGGCACACAAGGACAGAGAAGCCUGUGCUGGUGAACGAGGGCAAGAAAGGAUUCACAGAUCCCAAUGUGGAAAUCUGA